UUACUGGUCCUAUAUUCCUGUUACUAAGUCUUUUUGAAAGAAGUACUUGCCUUCAAUGUAGAUAUUAUGUAAACAGAAAAGCUGACUAGAGUCACAACAACAGGAAGUUUAAUGGUUAAUGUAAGCGAAGCUAUUUCCACAUUUCCCCUCAGGGGUCUACUACAAAAGAGAAAUGGUGACGCCACAGACCAGCCUGCGCAUUGUAGUGCGCGCUCCCGACGCCCUCGAGCACGAGCCUACUCUUCCUCCACAUCCAGAGCAAGAACCAGGAAGUGAAAGUAUACACAUGGAGGGUGUGUCUUUCCCUGCCAGUGUAUGUUUUAUUUUUAAAAACACAGUCCUCCUCAGGUAAAUAAAUGGGGGACUCGGCGAGGAGCAAGCGGCGGGAGCAGCUGAAGCGCUGGGCCGGCUCCUGCACCGACAAAGCGUCGUCCGUGCCCAGGCGGAGGUGGCGGGGCGAUGCCGAGGACAGAGCAGGGGAGCCGGAGGCCGAGCUGAGUGACCCGCCGAGGGAGCAGCCAGUGUAUGUGGGCACAGAUGAAAUCAGUCCCCUUCUCAAACGACGGAAAAGCGUGAGGUUUGAUAGGGCUGCAGAGUUCCUGGCUGCCUGUGCCAGCGGGGACACGGAGGAGGCCCAGGUGAUGCUGAAGGAGGCCAACGACACCGAAAGGAGGAACGGCGAGGAUGUGGCAGAAAUUAUCAACUGUUCUAACGCUGAUGGAAUCACUGCUCUACACCAGGCCUGCAUAGAUGGCAGCAUGGAGAUGGUGACCUUUCUUUUGGAACAUGGUGCCAACGUGAACCAGGUUGACAGUGAGGGAUGGACACCACUGCAUGUUGCUGCCUCCUGCGGCUACUCUGACAUCGCAGAUUUCCUUUUGCAGCGAGGUGCGUCUCUCUCUGCUGUGAACUGUGAUGGUGAUGUUCCUCUGGACAUUGCUCUGGAUGAGACCACUGAGUCCCUUCUUCAGGAUUACACUCUGAGACAGGGUGUUGACUUGGAGGCAGCUAAGCGGCUAGAGGAGGAACAGAUCAUGAUAGAUGCCCGGACCUGGUUAACUGAGGGCCCACCUGCCGAUGUGCGACACCCCAAGACCGGGGCCACCCCACUUCAUGUGGCUGCAGCCAAAGGCUACCUAGAGGCCCUCAAGAUACUGUGUCAGUGUGGACUAGAUGUGUCAGCUAUGGAUUUUGACGGCUGGACGCCUCUGCAUGCUGCAGCACACUGGGGUCAGGGGGAGGCCUGUCGCAUUCUGGCUGAACAGCUGUGCAAUAUGGAAUCCCGCAGCAAUGCGGGUCAGACGCCAUUUGAUGUUGCUGAUGAAAGUGUGGAGGAGCUGCUGGAGGAGUUAUCGCAGAAACAAGCCAAUUGGCGUAAUGAACAGUCCAUACUGGACAGGCAAAACCAACAAGGCCCCACUGCUGCAAACGCACAAAACAGACGGCGGAGGAGCUCAGUGUGCAGGAUGAGCAGUAAAGACAAGAUGAACGUGCAGGACCAGUCUAAAGAGAGGGGCGUUUCAGGAGACUUGGAUCUGAACGAGGAGAAAGAGAACAGCCCCGAAAGCUCCAAUGUGUCUAGUCCAGACACAGAGAGUGUCACCACAUCUACAUUCAGCCCUGCUGAAAAGACGCCAGAGGAGAAAGACGAGGAGGAGAAGGGGCAGGACAAGGCAAACCGCACUGCUAGAGUCCAACCCACCCCACAGACAAGGGACACCGCAGCUGAGAGUCCCAACACCCCCAACACUGACAGGCGCAAGUUCCAGGCUCCAGUCAGAGAUGAAGAGUCUGAGUCUCAGAGGAAGGCUCGCUCUCGGCUGAUGCGCCAGUCUCGCCGCUCCACGCAGGGUGUGACUCUGACAGACCUGAAAGAAGCUGAGAAGACUGUGGCUAAAGCUGUAGACCCCCCACCUCGCAACAUCCAGCCUGUCAGCCCCAUAGUCACUGUCACGCCUGCUGAAAGGGACACAGACCCGGUGAAGCAGGUGGAGCCGGAGGGAGAGAAGCGUCUGGGAGUGAAGGACAGGAGGAGAGGGAGGAAGGAGAGACGCUCCACCGGCAUCGUUCAGCUGGGAGGAGAGAAUGAAGAUGAGUAUGCUCAUCUGGAUGAUACUAACAGUAUCAGCACUUCCAAUGAGAGUCAACUGGGAGACUUGUCAGCUGACUACAGAACGCUGUACUUGAAGGUGCUGCAGGAAAACCUGGCUCUGAAGGACAAGCUGCAGGAGAUGGAGCUGCUGCUCAGCCAGAACAAAGUGGAGUUGGAGAGACUCCGACAGAGCCAAGAGAGCAGCACUGACAGACCGGCCCUGCUGGAGCUGGAGAGAUUUGAAAAAUUGGCCCUCCAAAGGAAAGCAGUGGAACUGGAGGGUGAGCUGAAGGUUCUGGGGGACCUCAAAGCAGACAACCAGAGGCUCAAGGACGAGAACGCCGCCCUCAUUCGAGUCAUCAGCAAACUCUCAAGAUAGACCUGAAAAAAAACCUACACGGAGAUAAAGAGUAUUACAGGAUUUAUCUUUUACCCACCUGAGAAGACACAAACCAGGAAGAGAGACGCAGCAUCAAACACAUGCAGAGCACAUUUAACAGUAACUGGAAGAACGUAUAGAUAUCAGGGUUAUUAGCUUGUGUUCUGGCUUUUAUGAUUUGGCAGAUCUACUGUAUAACAAGCUGAACUGCACCUCCUGUGGACCGACAGGAUGUUCCUGUACACAUCCACUUUUAUAUUAAGUUUUUAUUGUUGUAUUUUUUUAACUGGAACAUUUUAUGUGCUUUGCUUCUGCAAUACUUUGUAUAAAGAUCUGUAUUAAGAGACUUAAAGCCAUGCACGGUGCGAGUGUUGUGCAAUGUUUUAGAUAGCUUUCUUCACCUCUGGAAGGGUGGAGAAAUAAAAAACGCCAGUCAUGUGUAGGGGUAGUUAUUAGAAAAAGACAACAACAAAAAAAAGACUUAACUGUGCCAAAAACCAGCCCUCGUUUUGCAUGUCCUUACUUAUGCGUUCAGUGUUGUUACUCAGGAUGAGUCUUGGGUCGAUGCUUUCUGUUUUAGCUGACUGCUGUACAGGUGGACCAAAUCUGCAUGCUCAUUUCUCUCCUCUGAAUGUAUAUUUAAUAUGUAUAUUUAUGUACAGGGGCUGUCUGUCCUGACAUUGAUGUAAAGGUGGUGUUGUGGUCUCUGUCGUGCAAAGGACGGAGAGUCUUGGGGGCUGAUCAUGGAUGUCAGAUGCAGCUCAUGCUCACGGGGAUUCUUACAGAAAAUGUUUGUUACAAAUGUCAGAUCUUUCCUGAGGUUAUGGAGAACGCAUGUUCUGUUCUUAGUACUGUAAGUCGGUAGUAAUUUCACUUUGCCAUUUUGACUGGAUGCUUCUGAAAAGCAACGACCACUAAGCUAAGUAUUCACCCUGUGACGGACGGCUGUUAUUGUUCAACAGACAGGCCAGAUGGGUCAACUUAUGAAUGUUUACUCCAGUUUAAAAAAACUUGCAUGUCAAAUUGUAUUUUGAUGCCGUGCCUUUCGAUAUACAUUUGUAAGUAAUAUUUCUAUUUUGCUUUGAUAAACGUACACUGUUAAGUAUGAAAUACAGUUUUGGCAUAAAUGAUGAUGGCUGUUUUACGUCCUUUA